AUGGAACAUGAUGAUGGCAAUCGGUCCUCUUCAAUGAUGGUAUACAACUCUCGCAUACAAACCUUCGAAUCGGAACAACAAGAAAGUGACGACGAUGAAAGAGGAGAGGAAUUAAAUGAAAAUACUCAUGUCGGAAAUAAAUUCAUUAAUUGGAAAGAGUACAUGAUGACAGCUCAUUCUUUAUUAGAUCAGCAAAUUACCUCUCGAGUUGAGGAAAAUCAAAAUUUAUCUCUGCUUCAGUUAUUACAUCAUCAAUUGGAAGGAAUUAUAGGUCCGGUCAUCAGCAACUCGAAAAUGAUACAACAUCCUCGAUUUCCAAACCAAUUUUAUUUUACAAAAAGUCCACACUUUCUAUUUGAGACAUUUAAGGAAAGAAUUGACACUAAAAAACAUGAAAUUAUUAAUUCUCAACGAAAGAAUGAGAAAGGAUUUAUAAAAUUUGGGAAUUUGAUUGGAAGUGAAGAAUAUUACUUUUUGCUGAUUCAAGACUUAAUACAAAAGCAUCUUAAGGAUGUCAGCGAUCAUUGUGGAUUUUUUACAACUUGUUUAUAUUCUUUAGUCAAACAAGUUCAAAGAAAAAAGAAUAAUUUUCAACAUUCGAUCUCAUGGAUGAAAUAUCAAAGAGGUCUAUCCAAGUCCAUUGCAUAUUUUGUUCAAAUAUUACUUCCAGAAGUUGUUUUACCAGAGUUGAUUAAUUUAUGCGAAUGUGUAGACCCAUUUGAAACCCCUGAAGACACUUUGUACAAUAUUUGCUAUACUUUUUUAAUUCCUCAUGUUAGUUCCUCUAUUGCCAACACACUUUCUCAUUUAAUGAUCAACUGGUUGAGUAUGAUGGACAUGCCUGCAAUUUACAAGAUUUCAGCCAAUCGCGAAUUGUUUGAUUUUAUUGUUCAUGCAAUACCUUUUGCGAACACUGAGAGUGGAUCCAAACUGUUACCAGGAAUACUCGUUGGAGAAGCAUCUUUUGUUCAAUCAAAGGUCUUUUCCUUUCAUUCACAUAAUGGAGUCAAAUGCCUGCCUUUGAAGCAAGUUGAACUCUCUCAUAAGAAUAUUGAGAUCGAGAUUCACAAGGAUUACAUGUCUUUGAAACAAUCAUUAGCAAAGGAAAUUGAAGAUUUUAUUGCUGAGCUAGAAAGGAACCACAUUGGCAUUGUUCUUUCAGAAGAUAUUCUGGACGACAUGCUAGUUUUAGCUUUGGCCAAGAGAAAUAUUCUUUGUAUUCAUCAUGUUUCAGACAUGGAUCGGAUUUGUGAGGUAUUCAAUGUGAUUCCACUGUUGAUUCAUUCCAUUACAAGAUACAAUAAUGACACAAGACGACAUGAACUAUUAAGCUUUGGAAAAUACUCUCAUUUGAAAGACCAUCUUCUCACUUGCAAAUCCAUCAAACAGUUACCACUCGGACCCAUGAAACAAAUGCUCUUUUUGGAACCCACUAAUACUGACCUCUCUCCGUAUUCAAAUUCUGUGCUCAUACGUGCUCCCAUGGAGUCGCUAGCAGAGACCUAUCGAAACUUAUUUUUUCGCUUACUGAGAUAUCUCACCAACUCGUUCAAAUUCCUGACACAAGAUCCUAACAUGCCGACAAUCGCCAUCCUUUCUGGAGGAUGCUAUUUCGAGAACAAACUUUCUGGCUUGCUACAAUAUAUCAAGACAAAUUUUAAGAUGAGAACAAUGCCAGAACUGGACUCACUGCUUGAAAUGUUGACAGAGACGUAUGAAGCAGUGUGUGUGACACUCCUUGAAAACUUAAUUCCCAACAAACAACAAUGCCAUCAUCGUGACCUAUUAAUGCAACUCAAGAGUCGUGACUCAAUGAUUGUUUCCUUCAUGCAUACGCCCAAACAGCAUGAAACCAUUUCUGUCCUUACAGAAUUGCAUCAGAACGGUGGAGACUCAUCCAUGAGUAAUUUGAUAGGUGAAGGGCUUUUAAUUGUUCCUAACUCUAAAGCCAAUAGAAUUGGAAUCUAUGAGACCCUAUCAUGCAAGUACAGCACACUCAUCAAUGUUUGCAUGUCUCUCAAGAAAUUGCUCGACAUGGAUGGGUUUUUCUUUUAG